UGGAACACCUUCAGUGAACAAAGGUUGGCUCAGUUUCAUGUUCUUGUUGGUUAAGUAUGUACAGACUGUGGUGUCCAACUUUGUGUGCAAUCAGCCAUGUAAUGUUGAGGGUUGUAUGUCCCUUUCUACCUUAAUGUGGACAUGCUUAGUAGGUGUGUACAUCACACCUACUGUUUUGAGUUUGUGUUGACUGCUUUCCAUUAGGUUUAAGCAAACAUAGUUUUAUUGGAAAACUUUUCUUAAAAAUACAUAUGUUGAUCUGUUACGAAAAUUGUCAUUUUGUUGACCAGACCUAUUUAAAAUAUCUAGAAUCUGUGUUCAUCAGAAAUUCAAUUCCUAGGUUAGCUGUGUUUUUCAACUGUUUUCCUUCUCAACAGAAAAGGCUUCACAAAGAACUAUUGGCUUUGCAAAAUGAUCCACCUCCAGGAAUGACUCUGAAUGAGAAAAGUGUGCAGAAUACUAUUACACAGUGGAUCAUAGAUAUGGAGGGAGCCUCUGGCACUAUUUAUGAAGGAGAACGAUUUCAACUGCUUUUCAAAUUCAGUAGUCGGUACCCCUUUGACUCCCCUCAGGUAAUGUUCACGGGAGAGAAUAUACCCAUCCAUCCUCACGUUUAUAGCAACGGUCACAUCUGCAUGUCUAUUUUAACAGAGGACUGGUCUCCGGCAUUGUCUGUGCAGUCUGUCUGUCUUAGCAUUAUCAGCAUGCUGUCAAGCUGCAAGGAAAAGAGACGGCCUCCAGAUAACUCCUUUUAUGUACAGACGUGUAAUAAAAAUCCAAAGAAGACCAAGUGGUGGUAUCAUGAUGAUACCUGUUGAUAUUGAGCUUUGUAUUGUACUUAGAAGAAGCAAGUCCUACUGGAAUACAUAAGCACUUUUUAAAUCACUCCGUCUUUGAACUGGGACUAGACAUAAGGACCAGACCAGAGUGGCUCUGACCUGUUAUGUGGAGUACUAUUGGAUAUUUCUUUGAGAAGGGUAAAAUUAAACUGAAGAUGAAGAAAGAAAAUCCACCAAGCCAAGAAAAAGUAUGAAUUUAUUUUUUAAAUUAUUUUUC